AUGGCCGCCGUCGCCGCCAGGUCUAUGAUGCGUUCAGCCACCGCUUCGGCUCGUUCUGCGUCUUCUAAAGCAUUCGCCGGUGCCAAACCAAAGGCCGCUCCGUCCCCCUUUCGCACCCCGGUUCAAAAUCCCCUGACAGCUCGCAUUUUCAGGUCGCCGGUUGAGUUGAGCAGUGUGAGUGUGAAUUCGAUGUUUCCAUACCAUACUGCAACCGCCUCUGCUUUGCUGACUUCUAUGCUUUCCGAUUCUGCUCGGACUUACGGUUGGACUCUUGAAGGUAAGGAGAGGACUAGUUGA